GAGAGCUAGGCUGUCACUGGCCGGUGCGGUGUGUGUGUGUGUGUGUGUGUGUGUGUGUGCAGCAGCAGCAGCUCGGCUCAGGCAGCAGACGGCGGCCCCAUCUACCGUCCCCUCCUCCGAUCAUCUCCAUUCUCCCCCUUCUCCUCCUUCCGCUCGCUGCUCACAUCUUCCGCAGCCGGCUCGGCGACAUGUCCGCCCGACCAGGAUUUUACCGGCAGGAGCUGAACAAGACCGUGUGGGAGGUUCCGGAGCGGUACCAGAACCUGACGCCGGUGGGCUCCGGAGCAUACGGCUCGGUGUGCUCGGCCUAUGAUGUCGUCCUACGGCAGAAGGUUGCGGUGAAGAAGCUGUCCAGGCCCUUUCAGUCUCUGAUCCACAGCCGCCGCUCGUACCGGGAACUCAGGCUGCUCAAGCACAUGAAACACGAGAAUGUAAUAGGGCUGCUGGACGUCUUCACACCUGCUGCAGCGUUAGAGGACUUCAAUGAACUCUACCUGGUGACUAACCUGAUGGGCGCAGACCUCAAUAACAUCGUUAAAUUUCAGAGGCUGUCAGACGAGCACGUGCAGUUCUUAAUUUACCAGCUUCUCCGUGGCCUCAAGUACAUCCAUUCAGCGGGAUUGAUCCACAGAGACCUCAAGCCGAGCAACGUGGCAGUAAAUGAGGACUGUGAGCUGAGGAUACUCGACUUUGGAUUGGCCAGACAGACGGACGACGAGAUGACAGGCUACGUGGCGACGCGCUGGUACAGAGCACCGGAGAUCAUGCUGAACUGGAUGCACUAUAAUCAGAACGUUGAUAUUUGGUCAGUGGGAUGCAUUAUGGGAGAGCUGCUGAAAGGAAAAGUCCUAUUUCCUGGCACCGACUACAUCGACCAGCUGAAGAGAAUCAUGGAGGUCGUCGGGACCCCGACGCCGGAUCUGUUGAAGAAGAUCUGCUCCGAACAUGCGCAGAAGUACAUCCAGUCUCUGCCCUUCAUGCCUCAGCAGGACCUGGAAAAGAUCUUCCGGGGAGCAAAUCCGCUAGCUGUCGAUCUGCUGAAGCGCAUGCUGGUUCUGGACUGCGAUGGGAGGAUCUCGGCCAGCGAGGCUCUUUCCCACCCCUACUUCUCGCAGUAUCACGAUCCGGACGACGAGCCGGAGGCCCCGCCUUACGAUCAGACACUGGAGAGUAAAGACCGGACUCUAGAAGAAUGGAAAGAGUUGGUAUUUGAAGAGGCCAACAGCUUCAAGGCAUCCGGCAGCAAGACUGAUAGCCUUCAGGUGGAGCAGUAAUCCUCUCUCUGCCCCGCCUCGACCCCCCCUGCCCCACCACCACCUACAGAAGGACCACGUACUCAGUGAGCGGGAGAAAGGACUGUGGGAGAGAACUCUGCCUCCCCUCUGCUCGGUGUGACUGUGUCUGGUUGCCUUGUCAUGAGUUUGUUUGAGCAGCAGGGCAGGACGGCCUCCGCUGGAGUCGGAUGCUCACGCUGCAAACACGGGGGAGAAUUUUAGGACCUGACAGACGGAGCUUUCCGUCCAAAAAAGUUGCUUCCUCUUAUGUUUCCGCUCGACGAGGGUCAAAAAAAAAAAAAAAGAAAAAAGAAAAAAAGAGGAGGAACCAGUCACUGUGGCUACGUCAGGGAUCGCAGAGGACGUGGGGGAUUCAUACGGGGGAGCAACUUUGAGGGGAACUGAACUGUGUUUACGGACUGAUAGAAGGGUUUAAAAAGGAUUGAAAAAAAAAAAUGCACACUAGGAUUUCCAAAGCGACGACCGACCGACCGACCGAGCGCCGUCUGGCCCCUCAUCAUGACAAAUGCCACAAGCAGUCAGCGCUUUCAUAUACAGAAUUCAUGUUUCAAGGCUAGCAUCGGCGCCACGUCAUGCCACAUAGCAGCUUUGCGUCUCGCCUGCAUACUACUGCAUGAUUUAUGUGCAUUUUAUUAUCACAGACUAUUACCGGUACUGUAUUAUAAACCAACAGGACGGCUUAUCGCAUCUGCCACCCAGCUGUAAAACCAGCCUGGGGGGGGGGGUCGGACAGCGGCGUUACCAGGAAGCGCGGCCAGCCUUCAGCCUGUUUUAUCUUUUCUAAUUUCCGCACGGUGAAAUAAAAAAAAAACAACAAAAAAACAAAAAGCAAACAAUAACCUACUGCUCUCCCUCAGGUGAAGGAAAGUCAUCCUCACUUGCUUAUAGGAUAGUAAAUACCAACUGUGCUAUUAAUUAGCAAGGUUAUGAAUAUAUGCCAAAGCUGGAGCAGAGAGGCUUGUGUGGUGGGUUUGUGUUUACAGUGUGACCUCGCCUCUCGGAUACAAUUUCCACCGAUGGCUAUUUUUCUGAUCACCUGUUGGCUUUGGCAGAGCUCCGUCAGGUUUCCAUAGUUGUCUGCUGACUCUUUUACAGCCCCAAACGAUUUGUGUUUACCAUAAUUAAGAUUAGGGUUAUUUUGUAAACUGUUACAGGCGGUUUCCCGGGCAGCGUGUAACUGUGCUGGAUAAUAAUGUAUUACCCAACCGGUAGCUCCAUCCGAGCGGCGACUGGUCAAACGCUCCAGGGCUGAUGAUUCCUACAAUGCAGCCAUAUUUGGCUGCUUGUGGCGUCCAGGGAGCUCAUUAGUGAUCUUUCAUGCCUUUUUCCCAGUGUUACGAACCAGACUGAGCGCGCUCAUUAGCGUCCAGAGUAUCAAAGCAUUGCGGAUGUUUUUCACCCCCGAUUGUAGCUGUUUCAAGUUCAUCGUGACAUUAUUGUACCCACGCUGAUGAAGGCCUUUCACAGGUAACAUUUGUGCAAGCGGCAUGAGCUCAGCGCGUAUGCGGAUCCUUACGUGAAAUGGCCGACUUCCUCACUGAUAUUGCGCCACCGCUCUCGCAGCAGACCCGAGUUUUUGUUCUAAAUCACUUGCUGAGAUAGUAAUAAUCUGGCUGUGUUAAACCACAGUGCGAAGAGCCGACAAAACCACAGGUUCCCCAGCUGAAUACUGAAGGUCAGAGAAAAUGUCAAGAAGUGAAAGACAGAGGAGAUAUUAUGAAAUCUAGUGUUCUGACAUAAACUAAGGAAACACAGUCUUGCACCUAGUUUGGGCAGAUCUGUUAAUAUCUGAUAAUGUUAAGUGAGAAAUACAUUUAUUAGUAUCUUUACUGCGCUGUAACAAGGAUUAUUAUUGUUACUAGGUAGAUGGGGACUUAAAACGUAGAAAAACAUAAAAUGGCUCCAUGCAGAUCUCUCUGUGUAAUCCAAGUCUCCAGAAGCCCUGAGACUUUCACAUUGAUUUGGAAAGAUGAUAUCAACACCCUCGAUGCACGCUCAGGUCUGUGCACCCACUUCAGACUUGGUGUGAGCUAACGCUUUUAGCGUAAAAGCUACAGUGAAGAAUUGAGCUUGAAAGAGGGUGUAGAUAACGUCUUUUAAAAUCAAUUUGUGAUCUUAGGGCUUCCGCAGACUUGGAUCACAUGGGACCAGCUAAAUGGAGCCAUUUUAUGUAUUUUCAGUUUUAACAUUAAAAAAAGUCCCCAUCUACCUAAGUUGUUCAUAAUGACUGAAUUUCAUUUGGGGGGGAAUUUAGCCUUUAACUGACCUUCUGAUACCGAGUAGCAAUACUAGGUGCUCUUUAGACUAGCGCGUGUACCCUUGACGUUAACCUAGCUUGCUAGGUUAGCUGGUCAGAUGAACAACAGAAUAAAAAGUGAAUUUAAGGGACAUUUAGUUGGAAAGUUGUAUAUUAAUGAGUGUAACGCCGGUGUUUUCGACGCUAGUUAGUCUCUCUGACCUCACACCAAGUAGCAGCACAAGUAGCUCUUUACAUUAGCUAAAGAGCGUUAAGCUAGCUCUGAUUUUAAGGUUAAAGUGUUCAUGUAAAUGUUCCUUCUCAGUCAUGCAGGUUAAAACUGUAGUUUCUUGGCUUCGUCCACGUAAGUUUAACUCAGCCAAUGAGAUUAUUUCUGCCAAAACAUCAACUUUUGCCAUUUUUGAGGAGCACAAGAAGGAAACUUCCUCCAAACAAUUUUUUAUUUUUUCCCCUGUGAUGGUACACACUGGAGUGCUACGUGUCGCCUUUUGUGCAAGCCGUCCACUAACACUGGAUGCAAAACGUCGAAUCAGCAGAAUCAAAGCUGUCUCAGUCAAAGCGUGUACGAGCUCUGAAUGUUCAAAGUGUUUUCUGUGCUUAUGUGGACGUUGUACAGUAUAUGUGGUGGAAAUGAAUAGCAAACUGCAAAACAAAAACAAAAAAAAAACACGAAUGUAUAUGUAUGCUGUGUGUAUGUAUGCUAACAAGUUAGAUGUGUCUUACGAAGACGUCACAUGCCGCCACGUGUGUGUGUGUGUGUGUGUGUGUGUGUGUGUGUGUGUGUGUGUGUCGACGGUAGCCAUGAGUGUGAAAUCAUAAAGCAGAAUGUCAGCGCUCUGGUUUUUUUUAAACGAUUCAGAUGAUUCUUUUUUUUCUCAUUCACCGACGGGUAACAUGACUUUGCGAGUCUUGGCUUCAGCAGAAUAAACGUCAUCUUUUCUGUU